AGCACCAGCCAAAAUCCAAAAAGCGGUCGACUAGUGCAUUAGAAGGAGCCAACCCCCGUUUCACACAUUAUUUUUUUUGGUGAUCUAUCUACCGAGUGAUCCGAAAAUGUUUCUCGUGGUCUGCCUGGUGCUGGGCAUCACCGCAUCGGUGACCGGACAGCCGCACGCCCGUGCCAGCGAUCUCUACUACACGGACAUCACGCCCGUGACCGAUGACACGCGGUACACCACCCUCAAUCCGGACAUCACGCUCACCGAGAUGAACAAGGUGAAGCACACCAAGGGCAACAUCGUCUUCACCUCGGGGGAGCGGACGUCGGGCGACCGACUCAUCGUGAACCACUACGACGACGAGAGCUUCCCCACUCCCAAGGACAUCGAGGUGCUGAUGAGCUACCCGGCCGGAGCCAGCACCGGAGUCACGCUCACCUGCAUCGAGGUCUAUGUGGACCAGUCGGCGGACGACGCCGGCGGCUACCUGAGCAAGGGUGGCAUCGGCCAGACCAACGUGGAGAUCCUGCUCACCUCCAACACGACCCGCAGCUUCGUCUACGAGACGUUCAUCUACGGCUACUAGACCAGCCAGCCCCUCCAGCUCCCCCCAGAACUUUCAGCUACAAUAAAAGAUUCGCUUGGAACCCAACUGUGAUCAUGAACUCAAGACCCUACCCCUGCCCCUGCCCCUGCCCCUCCCGCCGAGAGUAUUAUUAGUCUUAGACCUACAUUAAAGAAGGAAAUCCACACACACUCCUGUGCACAUCCACCCAAACUGUUUUUUUCUCAUCCAACUUGAAAAAUAAAGUGCUCCUCGUGGUUGGUGCCCUAUCGAAGCAAUUCAUUCCAGACGGUUCUUUGACCAAUCCGCAAAGAUUAACUCGGAAAUCUUUGGACUAUAUACAUUUUUUGCGUGCCGAAAUAGAGGAUUAUUAAUCUCGGUUAUCCUCGGUUGUUUCUCAAAGGUUCCACAAAAAGUUAAUAUUACAAGAGAAGCAAAGAUUACGGCAUGCUGAUCAGAAAGCGG